AUUAAAGGGGAAAUAAUGGAUGUUAAAGCAAAGGGUAACGUGCAAAGUGAUCAACAAGAUGAUCAGAUGGAUCUGAGAAGAGGUCCUUGGACUGUUGAAGAAGAUUUAAAGCUCGUCAAUUACAUUGCUACUUAUGGUGAAGGUCGAUGGAAUUCUCUUGCUCAUGACGCAGGUCUCAAACGCACUGGAAAAAGCUGCAGAUUAAGAUGGUUAAAUUAUCUUCGUCCAGAUGUUCGACGCGGAAACAUCACCCUCGAAGAACAAUUUAUGAUUCUCGAACUUCACUCUCGGUGGGGAAACCGAUGGUCGAAGAUUGCUCAACACUUGCCCGGAAGAACGGACAAUGAGAUCAAAAACUACUGGAGAACUCGAGUCCAAAAGCAUGCCAAGCAACUUAAAUGUGACGUGAACAGCAAGCAAUUCAAGGACACUAUGCGUUACCUAUGGAUGCCGAGGUUAGUCGAAAAAAUCCAAGCUUCCGCCGCCAAUUCCACGACCACCACAGUGGCCUCCACCACCGCGGGACAAUUCGUUAUGCCUCAGGAGUUCGGAGGCAAACGAGUAACCCUAAGUUACAUCACCACUGAAAAUUCCAGCACCUCAGCCUCAUCAGAGACUCAAGUUUCGCCGGUUUCAGAUUUGUCUAAUUAUUACGUUAACGUCCCGGUUAACGACAACCCGAAUCCGGACUACUUUCAAGCUAGCCAGAUUGGUUACUCUCAUCAAUACUCAUCUUUUAUAAAUCCCUCUACUAAUUACUACAACAAUGGCAUGGAUUUCCAGCCAUGGCUAGAUGGAGCUGAUAUUGCAUCAGAUAAUUUCUUGAACUCUGAUGAUUUUUUGUUCUUACAGCAGCAGUUCAACUUCAACGUGUGAAAAAAAAAUAUCAAUCCAGUAACUGGAGAUAAAAUGGAAGAUGAUGUAUACAUAUAUAUAGUGAGAAAUGAAGUAAAUUUUAGAAAACAUGAGAAUAAUACCUUAGA